AUGCAGCCAUGGCCUGUACACGUUGUCCAUAGAGGAGCUACUGAGUGGAAAACACAUCAAAGAAGACAGAGACGACCAACAGGAUGAAACUGUGGGGGAGGUCAGCUUGGCCUGUGCAGGUGGCCUUCCUCGUUGCCUUGGUGAUGCUCUGCGUUGACCCGGUGUCCGCUGGCAGCCGUAACCAUCGGGGACCGACAGUCUCAUACCAGGUGAAGCAGGGGACAUGUGAGGUGGUGGCCAUCCAUCGCUGCUGUAAUAAGAAUAAGAUUGAGGAGCGCUCUCAAACCGUCAAGUGUUCCUGUUUCCCUGGACAGGUCGCUGGCACCACCAGAGCCAGACCCUCCUGUGUGGAAGCCUCCAUCGUAGCCCAGAAGUGGUGGUGCCAGAUGCAGCCGUGUAUGGACGGGGAGGAGUGUAAGGUCCUGCCCGACCUGACUGGCUGGUCCUGCAGCACUGGCAACAAAGUCAAAACCACCAAGGUCACACGAUAGCAAGAGAGCCACCGAGCCACGAGGAAACCUGAAACUCUCCAUGUGUAAAGGAUGGAUGACUCACACAUAUUUACUGUACGACAAAGAAAAUAUCAAGGAAAGGACAACUGUCAGGCCAUCCAUCACCAAACAAUGGGAUAAAAUGUACUCAUCACAAACUACGUACACUUGGCAACAUGGAGCCACACACACAGCAUACACAGUAUGCUGGUUGUUGAGACCAAUGGACUACAAUCAUGGACACCCAGGGUAAAUCUGGACACAAAUGGACUCCUAUUUUCCAAUAAUGGACAAAAUGUUAAUUGAUCAAAAACAAAUGGUUGAUUUCAAAGAGUUAUUAAGCAUUUCAAAGUAUAUAUUUAAACAAAGCAUUUGUGGAUGAGUGUGAGAUGUGAACUAAAAGCUGUGUUCAAGUGGUGUUGGAGAAAGACCUGUUAUCAACAUGUAGAGCUUGUUGGAGACAGUAGCGACAAUUUGGGAGAUAUGAAAGAGAGAUAGCAGCUCAUAACUAGCAAAUAGCAAAUUAGCAUCAAAUUGCUCUUGUGGGUCAAGUCAAAACCAUAAAGACUGUUUUGCGGGAGUAAUUUCUGCAGUUCUAAUUAGGAAUUGCAGUGUAGGAUCAUAACAACAUAUUAAAAAUUCAUGUAAGAUAUUUGCACUAGUUGAAACCAUUUGGGAAUGUUUUGUUUUUCUAGAUAUCUCCCAUCCUUUGCUGUGAAUGUCACAUGAAGUUGAAGGUGAGCAUUUUGUAAAAUGUCUGACACUUGAAGUAGAUAAAUAUAUAUAUCACGCCCCAUUACUCCUGAGUAGUUAUUGGUUAAAAAUGGCUCUCCGACUAUUGAGCCUCACUUACAUACAGCUUGGUACAAUAUGAGCUAGAAAAGUGUGAUUCAUCUGUCUCAUUUUUGCCCAGAAACAUUUCCAAGCUCAGCCUUCAAAGUUAUAUAUCUUUGAUCUAUUAUAUUCAGUCUGUGCCAUCUCUUAUGUUAACUGUUAAAAGGAGGCCCAUAAAAUGUUCUAACAAGAAGGACAAGUUGUCUUUAUGUUGUUAU